AUGUUUAAUGAAGGCGAAGAAGAGCAGAAGCCCGAUUUCCUACAGCUGAUAUCCGAGGCUUUUCGUGCCGGGCCGUCUCCAAAUCAACCAUCCUCAUCCAAGUUCACACCACCUCCAAAUGGAUCCAAUUCACCAUUGGAAGCUCGCGUCGAACUGUCAAUGGAACGAUCAUUGAUAAAUCUUCCAGCUGCAUUGAGGAACGACCUCGAGGAACGUUUUAUUGAGAUUUUGCCAAAUUAUCCCUGCUUCUACGAUCCAAACGACAAGAACUUUGCUCACAAUCAGUUCAAAUCGAAUAGUUAUGCCGAGAUCGCGAAGAAGAUCACGGCCGAUGGGCUGGAAACGUCUGGACCGCAGCUAGCUGCCAUUUUUAAAGGCAUCAAGGCUAAAUAUAGAGAGGAGGCGAGGAAAAUGACAAGGUUAGAGGGAAGAAUCGAACCAUCGCCGUUUUAUCAACGAUUGAGCUUCUUGGAGAGGGGAUUGAGCACGGUGGAUCAGUAAGUUUUUGGAAUUUUUUAAAUUUUGGGAAAAAGGGGGAUAUUCAAAGAUUAAAAUAGGUUUGGAAAUUUAAAAUUUUUAAUUUUGAAAAAAAUUUUUUUUUUGAAAAAAGGUUUACAGGGGGGACCAAGCUAAUUUUUAAAAUUUUUUAGCUUAAAUUGAAGUUUUGAAAAUAAAAAUUUUUUUGAGUGUGUAUUUAGGCCGUUCACAUAAUUCUGUGCCAUUUUCAAAGCAAAUUUUCAAAAAUGAGAAAAAAUAAAUAAAAAUUUUAUCGUUUGAUUUUUUUCAUGUUUAGCAGUAUAAUAUCCUAAGAUUUAGAUCAAAUUUUUAAAAUGUAAGUUUAAAUUUUUUUCAUGUUUUGUCAUGUUGCUUUAGACGUCCGGAACCUAUCGACAAAUCACAACUUCGAACCGUGAUUUGGUACGAGUUUAAAACCGGACGCAGUGCCAAGUCGACGGCUCAAUUGAUCAACCAAACGUACGGAGAAGGUACAGUGACAUAUACAACCACAAAGAGAUGGUUUCAAAAAUUUCGUAUUGGUGAUGAGACACUACAGGACAAGAGGAGGUCAGGAAAACCGAAAACAGUGUCGGACGAGUUGCUGAAGCAGCACAUUGCAAUUGAUCCGAGUAUUACGGUCAAAAAGUUGGCAAAAGACCUAAACUGCUCUACUGGAUCCGUUUCUAAGCAUUUGAAAUCAAUGGGAUAUGUGAAGAAGUUUGAAAAAUGGGUAUGAAGUUCGCCGUUCUUUAUCAUCCUUAGUCAUCUGACGAUUCACUGAAGAGGACGAUGUCCGAGGAUACAAAAAAUUUAACGUUGAUGAUAAUUAUGUUGAUUAAUAAAUAGUUGUUUUAAAUUUUUUAGUAUAUUGUGUCAGGGGGCACAGAAUUAUGUGAACGGACUGUGUCAGGGUGCACAGAAUUAUGUGAACGGCCUGUGUUAGGGGCGCAGAAUUAUGUGAACGGUCUGUUUCAGGGGGUACAUAAUUAUAUGAACGGCCUGUUUCAGGAGGCACAGAAUUAUGUGAACGGCCUAAUAAUUAAAACUUUUUUAAAAAUUUUUAUUUUUAGAAACACCCUCAAGAGAAUAGCCAGAAUGAGAGCUGCUGACCGGCUGCCAGUAUCCACCGCUCCUCCACAACCGACCAGAAAGUCGUAUACGAUUCACAGUAGCAGUGAUGGACCAGUAUCGGCUCACAACAUGAUUAUCACACCUAAACUGACAUUGGACAUUCCUCGGCAGGGCAAUAAUGUUAAGGUAGGUAUAGGAAAUGAAGUAUUACCUAUAUAAGUCUUAUAUAGGCAAUAAUUUUGGAUUUUUAAAUUUUUUUAAAUUUGAUUACUUUUUUGAUUAAAAUUUAUAUUUUUGGCUUAAAAUAAAUUUUUUAAAACUUUUGACAAUUUUCCAAAUUUAAAAAUUUCGAAUUUCAGAUAGUUUACGGCCCCAGAGUAACCACCCCCUCAACCCACACAAUAAUCACACCCAACGCUCAACCGGUCGAUAAUGCGAAUGUUCAGUCGAUAGUGGAAAGAUUGGCACAAGCCAGUGAAAAUGAAAAAGCUUUGGUCGAAAAAUUGGUAUUUUCCAUUAUGACACUUGGUGAAAACAAGAGAGAGAACGUUGUGGCACGUUUGACACAGGCUUGUAAUGGAUUGGGCGUUUUUGACAAUGGAUUUUUACAACUUGUAAGGGGUUUUAAAUUUUUUUUAAUUGCAAAAUUGGUGGUUGUAAACAAAGUUUUUGCGGUUUUAUGCCCUGCAAUGAACAUUUUGAACUUUUUUUUCUCUGUAAACAAAGUUUUUGCAAGUUUUUUGUUAACAAAUAAAUUUUUAAAAAUCUUUCAGAUGGUCCCCGAAGCCAUAAGCGACGAAACCUACAUAAACAAAGGCGGUGACAUUUGUAAAAUCAUGAAAACCGACGACAAGUACCGCUCUUUAACCGUCAACUUCUCCGACAUCGCUCCAGGCCGAAUCUUAGUCGCAGAUCCAAGAUUGAGUGAUAAGGAACGACGAUUAACGAAUAUUUUACGAGAAGAAGAGAUGAUUUACAAUAGAGAUGAGCUAGAUGAGGAUCAACGAGACAGUUUGUACAGAAACGUGGCUAAAAACAUGAGACCCUUCAAUGUUGAUGGUAGGUUAAUAUUUCUUUUGGUGUAAAAAUUAUUAUUGGUUUGUAGAUUAAGGUGAAAUUCUGUGUAGAUGUUGAUAAAGGCAGUAGGAACGAGUAUGCAAAAAAUGGGAUUGAAAUUUGAACUUUUAAAAUUUGAAUUUUAAAUUUGGCGCCAAAAAUGUAAAUUUCCAGAAUAGGAUUAUAAGACAUCAGAAUUAGUCGAAAUUUUACAAAAGUGGUGCUAAUGGUACUACAGUUCACCAUGCAAAAAAUUAUGUUUUAAAUUGCACUUUUAAAUUUUGAAUUUUAAAUUUGGCGCCAAAAAUUUAAAUUGCCAUUAUAUGAUUACGAGACAUCAGAGUUAGUCGAAUUUCCACAAAACUGGGGUUAAUGGUACUACGGUUCACCACGUAAAAAAUUAUGUUUUAAAUUGCACUUUUAAAAUUUGAAUUUUAAAUUUGGCGCCAAAAAUUUUAAUUGUCAUAAUUUGAUUAUAAGUCUUAAGAAUAACUUGAAAUUUUUCAAAAUUAGUGCUAAUGGUAAUACGGUUCGCUAUGCAAAAAAUUAUUUUUAUUUUUGCACUUUUAAAAGUUUUGCCGCAAAAUUUUAAAUUUUUUAUAAAUCAAUUUUUAAUGCUUCGGUUUGCUUAAAAUAUGUUCUGUAGGUUUAUAGUAGCUUCAAAGUCACAAUGUAACUUUUGUUUUUAACAAAAAAUUUUUACAAAGUUUUAACUUUUUUAAAAAUUUUUAUUUUCAGUUGACUGGGUAGCCGAAACCAUUGAAAAACUGUACCGAAAGUAUGUCGAAGUAAAACGCGAGUAUUCAAAACAAUGUGGAAAUGCAGUACGACCGGCGUUCCUAAAAACAUUGUCGUUUAUGGACCGGUCGAACAUUAUCGAGCCUUCCUUGUCGGAAGCCGUUCAGACCGCUCUUCGUUCAGCGUCAAGAUCUCCGACCGAUUCGCCAUUACUACUGGAUCAAAGUGGUCGGAAUUCAGUGGAAAUCGUGGAAGAUUCAUUGAACUCCAUGGAAGUUGACGGAGAUUCAGCUUUGAAGCCGAAAGACUUUGCCGAGAUGCUUGAAGCCGUUUCGAAGCCGGUUUCUCGGACUUUUGCUGAAGCUGAAUGUCAAACUGAUCUUGUGGAUUCUGAAAAUGUUCAGAAGGAAACAGCGGUUGAAGAGCCGAAAAAUGAUGACAAAGCAGCCAAGAAUACUGAUGAUUCAGCCAGAAAUGAAAAAUUGUCUACAGAAUCUAAAAAUGAUGACAAUUUGGCUCAAAAACUGCCGGAAAACCCUGAUAUCGCCGCGAUUUCCGCAACUUUUGCCAAAAAUCCAGAAGAAUUGGCUAUGUUCCGGAUCCUAGCUAACCAGUUACCUACAGAAAACCGCUUUCUACACAUCCAGAAUCUGUUAAACAUCGUCAAUGCUACAAAAGAGUCAUCUGUUCAUAUCAGCUGGAAAACACAAGUCUACGAAGCCAGAAAGGGCUGGACUAGCCAAGUACAGAAGCUAAUUUUGAGCGGAAAUGCAGCUAAUGAGAUUCCGGAUGAACCGACCGGUAAUGACGCGGAUAUGAGGGAUGUUGAGGAGGUUAGAGCUUUUGAGGAAAGUGCCAGUUUUUCGACCGAAAACGACUUUUUAAUGGAAAACGAAGAAGCAACCAGGAAUAAGGAGGACUUGCCUCAUGAUAAUGAAGAGAUUUUAAAGAAAAAAGACAGUAUUUUGGCGGGAAAUUCAAAAUUAGCCAAUGGACGACCGAAACGAUACAAGAAAAAUGGAGUUUUGACCACAGAAAACGGAAUUUCAUUGCCAGAACGACCAAGGAGAACAUUGGAAAAGGCUAGUACCGGAGCUGAAAAGCUCUCUAUUGCUUCUGACAAGGCCCCUACAGUAACCGAAGAGGUCUCUAACGUACCUGAAAAACCAGUUACAGUUGCUGAAAAGACCCCUACAGUACCAUUGAAUGGAAGAACUAGAAGUCCAAGGCAUAUUAUAGAUAGAAAGGCCAAAAAUUUAGAUUCCACAAGGUCUGCGGCUUCAGAAUCCGGUCGAUUGAGUGCGGAAUCUACAGGAAUGUCAACAAGAAAGCACCAUGUUUCUGGCCACAAAAAUGGGGUUUCCGGCCAAAUUAAAAAUGAAAAUUCAAGCCAAAUGAUUAAAAAUGGUCUUACAAGUCCAGCAAGCUCAGUUCAGCACGAUGAAGACAGUUAUGAAGCUCAGAAUGAUAAAAAUCGAAGCUGUGAUCAAAAGUCGACUACAUCUGAAGUUAAUGGUAUUGAAAAUAGACCAAAAAAUUGCGUGAAAGAUGAAAGUAUGAUCGAAAAUGGACAAAACUUGAAAGGUCUUGCUAGUCCAGGUCAGGAAUCGAUCAAAAGUAACCAAGAAUCAAUCAAAAAUGGCCAAGAGUCGACCGAAAACGAUCAAAAUCACUCAAAAUUCGACCAAAAUACUACCAAAACCACGGAAAGUCAAGCCUCAGAACUGGCCGAUGAAUCCAUGGAGCCAGAGAGCCAAUCGGCUUCAGAAUCCGAGAAACACGAAGACAGACAACGACGCAUUCAUAGUAGAAGGUCAGAGCCGGCUAAACGACCAGAUAUGGCGACGAGAAGCUUGAGGAAUCAAGCUUUAAAAACUGUCGCACCUCACAGUGCUGAGCCUGCAAAGGGGGUCAAGAGAAAGGCCGUUGAUGAGGAGGAGUUUACGGUAAGGAUUACUGUAGUUUUUUAUUUUUUUGGCUUUGUUUAAGGAGCUUAUAAUGAAAAAAAUUUUUUUUGUUAUAAAACGCAAGAACUUUCUUUACAAAUCAAAAAAUGGCAAGAACUUUCUUUACAAAACUAAAAAUGGCAAGAACUUUCUUUACAAAUCAAAAAAUGGCAAGAACUUUCUUUAAAAAGCAAAAAAUAGCAAGAACUUUCUUUAAAAAGCAAAAAAUAGCAAGAACUUUCUUUACAAAACAAAAAAUUGCAAAAACUUUCUUUACGAGCCAAAAUGUGGUAAAAAUAUAUAAAAUUACUCUUUUAAAAAUUUUUUCAUUUUCAGCCCAACAGCAAAAAGGCAGAUCAACCGAAAAGACGCGGCCGACCACGCAAGUACCCCGUCGAACUCACUGGUACUAUUGCUAAAACAAGGUUCGACGACUGA